AUGAGCAGGUCAAGUAAGUAUUGAGAAAAUUCACUUCUUAACAUACAACAAAUCACUCUGAAUCAGUAUUUCUUUUUAUCCAUUCCUCUUCUAGCUUUUGUUCUUUUUCUGUGUGUAUUUUACUGCACAUGUUAUUUGAAGAUAUCACCAGUAAAUUUCCUCAAAAUUCAAAUAUUUCUCAGGAGUGUUAUGGUGGCGUAUUAAAGGGUAUGUGAAGGAAGCAAUUAAAGGUUGAGGGGGCUGAAUGCAAACAUUUUAAUGUGCAUUUUUAUACCAUUUUAAAAGUGUUAAAUCAUUUCUUCAGCAUCCAUUCAGCUGUUUUCUUUUUCUGUAGUUAUUUAUCUAACUAUGUAAUUUAGCAAAUAAUAAUCAGAUUCUAAGGUAAUAGGUUUGAGUAUUUUUUGCUAUCUAUAAAGAUGUGCAACACCUUUGAAUAUGCAAGUAUUUUUGUCUUGUGUUUGCCUCAGGGUCAAGUCUUCUUAAAGAUGGGAGCUGGAUCAGAAAACUCGAUGAUGAGGAUGAGUCUGUUGAGUGAGUCAGGUUAACUCAUUGACUAGCUGAGAUUUUUCAUUAAAAAAUAACUGACAUUUUGUCUAGAGCAAGUUAUUGACAUGUGUUUCAAAUAGAUGAUUCAUCCCUUUUCAAAAGCGUAACUCAGUGUGCUUCACUUUUUUUCUCCUUCAGCCGGGACCCAAACUUUGGAAGAUCCGUUUUGAGCCAUCUCACUACUGGGGAUGGUCUUUCAAGGUGACUCAAACAUAUCAACUGCAACUCGUAAUAGUAUGAAUAAUGUGGGGUUUUUUUCACUUAAUGUGAUGUAUUGUUUUUGCUAUUAGUCCCCAGACUGAAGAGGUCACAUCCACCAAAAGUAUAACAACAUCAACAUCUGUGCAGGCUUUGUCCAAGAGGUAUUAUUUUCACAAACUUUAUUGUAUCUAUACCAGUAAAAUAAUAGGAAGUGAGAAAUUUAGUUCCAGAUUUAGCAAAUCUAACAAAACCCUUUUUGUUGUUGCAGAUUCACUGGAAGUCAGGAUGACCUGUCAAGCAGGUUGGUACAGCUACACGAUUAAAAGAAUUUUCCAGAUCUUUACAAGGCUCUUUCACACAAUAAUACAUCCUCCUACACCAAAAGAUAUAUUUUUGUAAUUGAUAGUAAUUAAUUAAUCAAUAACUUGAGUAACUGUCAUAAUUUUAGUGGGACACAGAGUCAGAUUUCAGGACUCUAAUUUAUUACAAAUCAUAAAAAUCAACAGACAAUGGACACAAAUUCUGUGUAUGUUUGUAUUUAUCAUGUCACUGCAGCUUCUAUACAUCCAAUACUUUCACAGAUUAACCUGAUUUAAGGUUAAUGAAAAAACACUUAUCACAAACCAACACACACAAAAAAAAAUACUGUGACUAUUAUUAUAUUAAGUUGUUUUAUUCAUCUCCUCCUUCAGCACCACAACCACAACCACAACAGUUACCAAGGAUGGAAAGACCACUGAGACCACUGUCACCACCUCUGGGGAUCUUCGGUAAAGACUAUAACAACAUUAAACUUUUCCCAUCUUUAGUUUAUGUCAGUUUCAAUGACAGCAGGGUUGUCUUGCAGAUCUCCCAUAAUCAAGAGCCCCACCAAGACUGACCCAUUCAGUGAGCGGGUGCUCAAGGCCUCAAACAAAGGGUAAAAAUAUCACAGAUAACAUAACAUAUUUCAAAAUAUAACAUAAAAAAGAUAUCAUUAUAACAAUUAAUUAUGGUACAAGUAAGUCGGUCCUUUAACAAAUAAGUAAGUCAGUGUAUACAAAAGUAACAAAACAAGUUACAACAAUCAGGUUGAUACUAAAAAUAUUCCAUGACAUGUCUGACUGCUUAAAGCUCCUGUGAGUAACUUUGAGUUUGAGUCAAAUUUGGCGCCGCCUGUGGACAAAGCAGUCAUCUUGUCCUCUAUAUGUUAAGUAGUGUCUUCUGGAAGAAACAAAAGCCUUUCUGCAGUCUUUUUACAGUCAAACAUUAAAAAUUACAGUAGAGAAAUUUACAGUCUUGUCACUAAUCGUCUUGUUUGCUUUUGUAUAUCAAACAAAUUAUCAAUACAAAUUUCAGUCUAUUUUCUAUUAAUGUGAAAAAGUACUCACAGGAGUUUUGAAAUACACAUGAGUUUUAUUGAACAUUCAUUGUAGAGUCCAAAAAAAAUCUAAAAAAGCAAAAAUUGGAAAAUAUUCUUGUGGAGUGAUUAUACUUCAUUUAAGUACUUUUUGAAAUGUACUUACAAAUCUACUUUAAAUUAUACAGGCUACAGGCACCUUACUCACCUACCAAAACAACCAAAGUGACAGAGACAACUGUCAUCUCCAGUAAAGAGUAAGACACUGCUGACUGAUGUAGAAAUAUACGCUAAUUUUGGAUUUAUACACUACUUACUAUUCGACUCAUUUUUCUGUGCAGUGCGGAGGACAAACUGUAUGACACACUCAUCCCCAAGACUUUUGGAGAUGGUCUCUCACCCAUAGACAGGUGAUUUUUAAAAUAUGAAAACAAUUUUUAUCACAACACAAUCAUGAUACUAGGGAGUCAGUUAUAUUCGUUGUAUUAAAGUCUAUUCUCUUCUCCAAAGCAAAACAACUAUCUCCUCGACUGAGACUGUGCUGGUGAAAAGCAGCCCUGACGUUGUGUGAGUUUCAUCUCAUUAUGGGCUUUAUAUAGUGGAGGCUUUAUACUAUCUUUUUUGCAAAGUAUUUUCACAGAAACACACAUAUAGGAAUCGUUUGUGGAUUUGAUCAUUCUGCACAGUUUGUGUGUAUAUGAUUAGAUCAAGCAGUGAUCUCUAGUGGCCAUAGUGAAAAGGGAAGUCAUCUUAUACAGUGGUAGUGGAUUGAUAAGGUAGGUGGUGACAAAGGACCAAGUUGUUAUAAGAAUAAGAACUUUACUCAUCUCCAAAUGGAAAUUCAAUAUGUUUAUUUUUUAUGUGCUACAAAUCCAAAGUAACACCACUUAACAUAACUUUUGGAAAUCAAAAAUCUGAUAAGAUAUGAUCCUAUUGCAUCAUAUAUUAUCAACUUAAAUCGUAUGUAUCAUAUCAUGUUUCAUUGUAUCAUAUCUUGAGUGCAUUUUCCAGUCACUGAGCACAUUUGCUCCAACUGGAACUGUAUUAUAAUCCAACCAUGACUGUGUCUGAAACCACAUAUUCACACAUCACUCAACACAUCCUGAAACAGUUUGUACAAGAAACCGCCUCUUACACCUAACAGUUGGGUUACUGUUAACAUUAUACUUAGUCCAUAUUAUAUGACUUUAUCAGUCAUAUGUUUCAGGUUCAAGCUGCAUCAGCUGCACUAGCAUACCCAUCAGGCAUGCUAGUGAAUAUGAAGGGCUGUGGAUCAACCAGGAUUCAUUUGGUUAAAAUUUAUGAGACAGAAACAAAUUGGAUUUAUCAAUGAUGAAUACAUAAAUCUGACAUUAUUUAUUCAAAACACAUUGGGUUUAUUGGUAUUACUACAUAAAUCUAAUUCUCAAUUGUCUAAUUUGCAUUUGACUGACAAAUAUACAGCACAUGAAUUUUAUUGGCCUUUUUAUGUUGAAUCAAAGUAAUUCAAGUGGAUGAAAAUAUUAUCUGCUAUAAGGCCUAAAUCUUUCUGUGAGUGUGCUGGUACCUUAAUGUUUGGCAUUAUAUCUCCUGGUAUACGAUAUAGAGAUGGAGUUAUUUUUAAUUUAUGUCCAACCUGUAUUUUUAUUGAUCUUUUUGCUUCUAAAUGAACUUUUGUGACCUUCCUUCCCUUGCUUUUUUUUCACCAGUGUGGAAGACACUCUCAUCCCUGCUUCUGUCAUGGCCUCUUACUCACCAAUGGACGGGUAAUCUUUCCAUUCAUCCUAGAAAAUGAAUUUCAUUGAUCAUGGACAAGGCAAUCAAUAAUGAAUAUUGUCUUUUUGGUUUAACAGCAAAUCCUCCUACUCCAGCACUGAGACUGUGACAGUGAGAAGCGGCACUAAUGGGUGAGUUACUGUGGAAAAAAAACAACAACACAAUAACAUUAAACACCAGACAGAAAGAUACGAAUAUUCUGUUCUGUUUUUUUUUUCAGAGAUUACAGAACUACAACCACAACAAGAUCCUCCUCUUCAACGUAUGAUCUACUAAUGAUCAGAGAACAAACACACCAAAUAAACACUCACAGAAAAGUAUCACUGAGAAUAAUCAUGAUGUUGUCUUAACAGUGCUGAAGAUGAUCUGUAUGACAAACUGCUGCCCAGAGCCAUAACAUCAAGCCUGAACUCUCCGAUCAGGUGAGAUUUCUCUAUAAAUACAUUUAAACAAAACAAACAAUCAUUCUUUCUAACUGUCAGUUAAACGUUAUGUUGCCAUUGCAGCAGUAGCAGCAGCAGCAGCACCAUCACAAAGCGGGAGAUCAUCUCUGUAGACAGCGGCAGAGGGUGAGUGCUGGAAAUUUAUGAGUCAAAAUAUGAAUUAUAUCUUUGUUUAGUCAGUCUGAUCUCCCCUGACUUUGACUUUUGACAUUUAGAUUGGAAAGUCCAACUUUGUCAUCACCAUCCUCCACCCGCAGAACCACCAGGUAAACAAAAUGACUAACACACAAUGCAUUUCAAUGGAAAUUAACCAGAAGAAGCUAAGGGCAUGGAGAGUUCAAAUCGACAGAAACAGAAAGUUCCUCACAGGAACUUUAACAUGCUGAUGUUAAAACUGAAGUAGCACCUACAUGUACAAACUGCAUAAAGAAAGGCAGUAUUUACUUGCUACAAAAUCCACUUAAUUGUUAUUCAUCUUUGUCAAACAGCUACAGUUCCUACAGUGAUGACAUCCCCUCUCUUCGCACCACCUCCUACACCGUCAGUACCAAGUCCAGGUAAUCUUCUUUCAUCUCUGCUUCUGCAUAAACAAACAGAUCUAAGUAUUGCUGCAAUCUUUCUUUUUUAUUCAAAUAAUGACUUAUGUCAUUCCAAACAGCGACCCCUAUGAUGUUGACAGUAGAAGCUCAACCUACACCAUCGGUACCAAGUCCAGGUAAUCUUCUUUCAUCUCUGCUUCUGCAUAAACAAACAGAUCUAAGUAUUGCUGCAAUCUUUCUUUUUUAUUCAAAUAAUGAUAUAUGUCUAUCCAAACAGCGACCCCUAUGAUGUUGACAGUAGAAGCUCAACCUACUCCUACUCCAGACCAGACUCCAGGUAAGAAACAAGGAAAAUAAGGACUGUAAGCUACUCUCUUGUUUUCUUUAAGUUCACAGAAAGUUCAAUGUUUUUCCAAACUCAAUGUAUGAUAUGUGGUUAAUUUUGUCUCUAAAUAGUUACGAGUACACCAGUAUCACCGGACCGUCUUCCUACAGCUCCACAACCUACAGGAGCAGCAGGUAUUCAAUGAUGUUUGAUGUGGUUUGCUUUCAAAUAAGACUUUGUUAAUUAUACAGGCUGAUAACUAUGUUACUCUCACAGCAGCAGGUCGGAUGACGGUCUGUCAGAUUCUCUCUACUCCAAAUCCUCCACAAAGAGUCUGUACUCAUCUUCAGACAGGUAGGAGAAGUGUGAAAACAUUUUGUCUUUACCUUGGGAAUAGUAGUCUAACAGAAAAGACUAUGCAAGUAUAGAAGGAAACUAGUUAUUAAUGGCGUUUCCAUAAACCAACAAACUCAAGGAGGGCCUUGAAAUCAAGUCUUUGGGAACCAUAAAUGUCAUGGAUAUAAACAUUCAUAUAGAUAUGUUCCACUCUACUAUUAAUGGCAUUUUGUUCUAGUUGAAGAUGUUUAACUAAAAUGGUUAACCAAGAGGUGGGGUUAAAGAAAAGUACAGAAAUUGCCAGGUACAUGAGUGGUGGACUGAUGUACCAAUUAAAGGACAUAGCCAGUCCUUCAACUAGAGCAUGGCCACAGAUCUUGUCAGCAUCAGCAUGGAUUUUUUUCAUGUUUCACAAGCAAAAUAAAAUAUCUUGGACCGAAAAUUUUGAUAAUGUUUUUAAUUUGUUGCACUUCAUACAGGGCUGUGCUUGAGAAGGACCUGUGCACCUACUGCCAUAAGCCAUUCGAUGGUGAUGCCAAGAUGGUCCUGGAGGAAAUGAAGAUCAAUUGCCAUGCUACCUGCUUUAAAGUAAGCUGAUCGGUUUUUGUUGAUACAAACAAGCAGUGACUGAAGAGUACUUCCCUGGAUACCAUGCUAAAGCCGAAACAGUGAUACCACAUACUAUAUGAUAACUUAUACAAUGUGGUGUGACAGAAAAGCACAUUUUAAUUCAGUGUGACCCAAAUGAAACCUAUGCAACAUGCAGCGGACUGCUCAACGUAUAUUUCCUUUUCACAUUAGUGUUUGUGUGUGUCUUUACAGUGUGAGGUGUGUAAAAGCACUCUGGCUCAUCUGAAAGCUGGGGACAGCAUGUGGGUCUACAAGCACAUGGUGCACUGUGAAAACUGCUUUGAGACAACCAGAGGUAAAAGUUUUGUUUGCUUAAAAAAAACAAAGAAUAAUACCUUUACAGUGAUGGAAACACUUUGUGAUAACACCUAAUUUUAUUUUUCCCCACAGAGAGAUGGAAGCGCUGAGUUUUUCCCAGGCCUUCUCUUGGGUUACAAGACAAGCAGCCACAAGAACACAAGGUUUAAUAACAAGCAGUCAAAUAAUAAUCGACAAUUUGGGUUACAUGGGAUCUACUGGACUUAUAUUUUAACCAGCUUGCAAAGCUCUGUCUGGCUCAUUCGACAGAUAUAUUUUGAAUGUACUUUUUGAUAUCAUUGCAAGUAGUUUUAUCUGUGCUCUUCACACUACUGUCUCUGUUUCUAUCCCCUUCAUAAGUUUGACAUAGCACGUCUUGUUUAUCUUUGUCUGGACCAUUAGGGGGACUUUUGUGUGUUACCUAAUAUGACAUAUUACAGGAUUUAGGGCCGGG